CCCAGGGUGCGGGGACCUGCAGUUCGCCCGCAACACGCAGUGCCGAAAGUGCGGCACGCCGAACCCGGUCGGGGGCGGCGGCGGCGGGGCGGCUUUCGGCGGCGGCGGCGGGCCAGCGGGCAUCCCGGACAAUAGGGCGGCCGUGUACAUCAAGGGCCUGCCGGAGGGUACCGACAUGGAGAUGUUCAAGAGAGUAAUAAGCGAAUACGGCAGCAUCAAAGACUGCAAGAUGGUCGGGGCCAGCACCGCCUAUGUGCAUUUUGGAGACAUAUCGGAGGCGGACUGGGUCGUGAAGAACUUGGACGGGAACAUCCCGGAGGGCCUGGAGUGCGCGGUGAAGGUCUCCUUCGCCUCAGGCCGCC